GGUUUGGAAAGAAGAAGAAAAGGGUUUUAACAGCCUCAGCGUCUUUGUCUCUGGUUAACGUGGAGAGCCAGCCACAUUUCUCUCUAUCUAUGCUUAACGUUAAACCCAUGUAGAACCCUAGUACCGUUAUUUUACAGUAUAUCAUCACCAAAAGCUUAUCAAGACGGCUUAUCGCGUCUUCUUCUCGAGCAAUAAGCUGGGAAGGCUUGUGAAGGCCAUGACAAUGGGGGUUUCCCCCCAAAUUGGCCCCUUUAAGCCAUGCCGUUCUACUCUCUUCUUCGCCACUUCUCGCUCUUGCGCCACAUCUUCUAUCUUUCAUCGGCCUCUUUCUGCUAAUUCCGAACCAUCCCUCCACAGGUUAGGUGAUCAUGCAAUCUCCAUUGGAAGAUGGAAACAAUCCAAUAAUGCCCCUGGAACAACGGGAACAAAUUACAGACUUGACAUCCUUGACACCAAAUCAUCAUCGGUGGCUCGUAUGGUUCUCACAGGGAAAGAGACAUCUACUGGACAGAGAAGAUUUCCUGGAGGCUGUACUUCAUAUUCUCCUCAAGAGAUUUGGGUUGAAAAGACGGUUGCUCUAAGGAAAGAAAAGCAAAACAGUGACUAUUGGAGAAAUAUCAAACAACAUGAUAAGGAAACAAUCACCAAGCCACGGAAUCUGAACCACUCAGCUUCUUCUCAACAGCAACCACACAGUGCAAGUAACUAUAGGUUUGAUGCAACACAUAUUUGUCAAGUGGCCCAAACUCUUCAAACCUGCACUGAUCUUGAAACCCAUCUUCUUCCCACUGUUGAACAUGAGGAGGUUGAAUUCACAAAAAUAGAGGAGGUUGAAUUCACAAAAAAAGAGGCAUUAUGUGCAUUCAAUGAAAAUGACAGAGAACAAUUACUCUCUCGUCAGAGGCUUCUUAACCAUUAUGAUAAGGUUCUUGUAGUUAACAAUAUCUCCAUGGCAGAUGAAGUUGUGAACAUGCUUACAAAUGAUUACAAGGACCAUGUGUUUGCAUGUGAUACAGAGGUGGCAAAUAUUGAUGUAAAGCAGGAAACGCCUGUUAAUCAUGGAGAAGUAACGUGUUUUAGUAUCUAUUGUGAACCAAAAGUUGAUUUUGGUGGGGGGAAGACAUGUAUUUGGGUUGACAUUCUUGAUGGUGGUGGAAAAGAACUUUUAGAUAUUUUUGCUCCGUUUUUUGAAGAUCAGUCUAUAAAAAAGGUAUGGCACAACUAUAGCUUUGAUAAGCAUAUCAUAGAAAACUACGGAAUCAAAGUUAAUGGUUUUCAUGCCGACACUAUGCAUAUGGCUCGGUUGUGGGAUUCUUCUAGACAAACAGAGGGUGGGUAUUCUCUAGAAGCACUUUCACGUGAAAUAAAGCUUUUUGGGGUAAGAGACAAUCAAAAUAGUAAAGUGUCAAUGAAAACACUGUUUGGAAGAAAAAAGAUGAAGAAAGAUGGAUCAGAGGGAAAGAUUGUUGUAAUUCCGCCAGUUGAGGAUCUCCAAAGAGAAGAUAGGAAAGCAUGGAUCUGUUAUUCGGCGUUAGAUUCAAUAAGCACACUUGAACUCUAUUAUAUUCUAAGAAGAGAACUUUCAUGUAAGGAAUGGAAAGUCAAUGGAGUUAGAGAAGGAACUAUGCUAGAUUUCUAUGAGAAAUAUUGGCGCCCGUUUGGUCAACUUCUCGUGGAAUUGGAGACUGAAGGGAUGUUGGUUGAUCGAGCCUAUCUUGCUAAGAUAGAGGCUAUAGCUAUAAAAGAGCAGCAGAUUGCGGCUGAUAUGUUCCGAAAUUGGGCCUCUAAAUAUUGUCCUGAUGCAAAAUACAUGAAUGUGGGAAGUGAUUCACAACUGCGCCAGCUGUUCUUUGGCGAUGCGCAGAACAGGCAAGUAAAGUGUAAUUUUAUUUUAGUUAAUGGAUUCUUUGUAUUUGUGCAUGAUUGUGAAUAUUUUUUUUACUGCAGCAAGAAUCAAAAUGAGUAUGGGGAAAAAGAGAAGGAUUUUAAAGUUCCUAAUGUGGAUAAAGUGAUUGAAGAAGGAAAAAAAGUUCCAAAAAAGUUCCGCACUAUAAAGCUCCAAAGAAUUGCUGAGAAGGAGAUUAAAACCGAGAUGUAUACAGCAAGUGGUUGGCCAUCUGUCAGUGGAGAUGCUUUAAUGGGGCUUGCCGGGAAGAUAUCUUCAGAAUUUGAUUUUUCAGAAUUUGACGAUGAAGCUGAUAAUUCAUCCUCUAAAACAGACGAGGAUAUAUCUUCCUAUGGUACUGCUUACAAUGCAUUUGGAGGUGGGGUAGAAGGGAAGAAGGCUUGUCAUGCCAUUGCUGCUUUAUGCAAAGUUUGCUCCAUUGAUUCUUUGAUUUCCAAUUUCAUCCUCCCCUUGCAGGGAAGUCACAUAUCGGGCAAGAAUGGUCGAGUUCAUUGUUCCCUGAAUAUCAAUACAGAAACUGGUCGUCUGUCAGCCAGGCGACCAAAUUUGCAGAAUCAACCAGCUUUGGAGAAGGAUAGAUAUAAGAUUAGACAGGCUUUUAUUGCUGCUCCAGGAAACUCUCUUAUUGUUGCUGACUAUGGACAACUGGAGCUUCGGAUUCUUGCCCAUCUAGCUGACUGUAAGAGUAUGCUUGAAGCUUUUAAAGCUGGCGGUGAUUUCCAUUCAAGGACUGCAAUGAAUAUGUAUUCCCAUAUUAGCGAAGCAGUUGAAAAAGAGCAAGUACUUCUUGAAUGGCACCCUCAACCAGGCGAAGAUAAACCUCCAGUUCCUCUAUUGAAGGAUGCUUUUGGUUCGGAAAGAAGAAAGGCAAAGAUGCUCAACUUUUCCAUUGCAUACGGAAAAACUCCAAUGGGUCUUGCCCGUGAUUGGAAGGUUUCUGUUAAGGAAGCAAAAGAGACAGUUCAGCGGUGGUAUAGAGAUAGAAAGGAGGUGUUGAAAUGGCAGGAGAAGCGUAAGGCAGAAGCUCUGGAACAUGGAUGUGUUCAUACCCUUCUAGGUCGUGCCAGACGGUUUCCUUCAAUGGUUAAUGCAAGUUAUUCUCAUAAAGGUCAUAUCGAAAGGGCUGCCAUCAACACCCCAGUGCAGGGUAGUGCUGCUGAUGUCGCAAUGUGUGCUAUGUUGAAAAUAUCAACUAAUGAGCGUCUUAAAGAACUAGGUUGGAAGCUUCUUUUACAAGUUCACGAUGAAGUAAUCCUUGAAGGGCCUACCGAGUCAUCUGAGGAAGCAAAGGCAAUUGUUGUUGACUGUAUGGCCCAUCCCUUCAACGGAGGAUUCUCUCUUAAGGUUGACCUUUCCGUUGAUGCAAAAUGCGCUCAAAGUUGGUACGCUGCCAAGUAAGAGUUCCGCACAAGCAUGGGAUUUGUUUUCGAUCACACAAGAAACGGAGUACAAUACCAGUACCACCAAUGUCUUUGUUUUGUUGAAGGUGGUCUUCUUUUUGUACUGAAGUUGAACUGGAGUGUGUUUGCCAAUUGCUUCUCUUAUUAUCCUUUUUGCUUUUGUUUGGUGGUAUUAUUAGUUAACUGAUGAAAGCCACCCUCCACUGUAUAUAUAGCAAGGCAUGUAGUUCUUCUUGUACCAUUUCAUUAUCAGAAUUUAUCAUAUUGAGUAAGUUGCCUUUCUUAUUAUCUCCCUUUAGUCAAAAUGUUAUUUCCAAAUCAACAAUGUGUUGCUAGGGUUAGUGAUUUGGUUAUGUUUAAU